GGGAAUUCAGGGUGGAUGUGGUGACGAAGAGAAGGGUGGGAGCAGACACCGGGGGAAGGAGGAAGCAGCUGGGCACGGCUCUGCCCCUUCCCACCUUGUCCCCGUCCCGGAGCGGCCACUGAGCCACCGCCACCACCGGGGACAUGUGGGGGCUGGCGCUGGCCCUGCUGUGCCUCCCGCUCGGGGAGGGGAUGCUCAGGAUCCCCCUGAGGAGGGGCAGGUCCGUGCAGGAGGUGAUGAGAGAGAAGGGGCUGCCCGAGGGGUUCCUGAACAACCUGCGAGGGGACCCGGGGAGGAAAUACCAGCUCAGAGGGGCCGUGGCUUACGAACCUCUGCUGAACCACCUGGAUACCUUCUACUUCGGGGAGAUCGGCAUCGGGACCCCUCCCCAGAAUUUCUUGGUGAUCUUUGACACCGGCUCUGCCAACCUGUGGGUGCCCUCCACCUACUGCCAGAGCCCAGCCUGCGGGGACCACGCCAGGUUCAACCACAGCCUGUCCUCCACCUUCCUGGGCACUGAUGUGAGCUACACCCUGAGCUACGGGUUUGGGGACGUGGCCGUGGUGCUGGGGUGUGACACUGUGACAAUCCAGAACAUCAUCCUCAGGAACCAGGAGUUCGGCCUGAGCCUGGACGAGCCCAGCAGACCCUUCUACUACCUGGGCUUUGACGGGAUUUUGGGCAUGGCUUACCCCGGUGUUGCCAUCAGCGGCUUCCCCACCUUCCUGCAGAACUUGCUGCAGCAGGACCAGCUCAGCAAACCCCUCUUCAGCUUCUACUUCUCCCACAACCCGACAUAUAAUUACGGUGGGGAAGUCAUCCUGGGAGGGGUUGACCUCCAGCUGUUCUCCGGGGAGGUUUUAUGGGCUCCCGUGGUCCAGGAAUUGUACUGGAAGAUCGGCAUUGAGGGGUUCUCCAUCGGGCUGUCGGUCACUGGUUGGUGCAGCCGAGGCUGUCACGGGAUUGUGGACACUGGGACGUUCCUGCUGACCAUCCCAGGGCAGUUCCUGCCAGCCCUGCUGCAGGCUCUGGGCGCAGAGCAGAGCGAUUACGGGUUCCUGGUUGACUGCAGCUCUGUCCCAGAAAUGCCCACCCUCUACUUUGCCAUCGGUGGAGCCUGGUUACCGCUGCCUCCCGCUGCCUACGUCCUACAGAAUGACAGCAUUUGCACCGUGGGGGUGGAGAGCACCUACGUGUCCUCUGCCAGCGGCCAGCCCCUCUGGAUCCUCGGGAAUCUCUUCCUCCGGCAGUAUUAUUCCAUCUUCGACACGGCCAACAACAGAGUGGGCUUUGCCAUGGCAGCUUAGGGGCGCUGAGCAUCAUCCACGGGGGAUUUUAUCCCUUGGAACACCUUCUCCUCCUGGGAUCCGGGCGUGCUGAUGAGUUGUGGAUAAAGGACUGGGAACCCAACUCGCGCUCGAGGCUUCCAGGCACUGGCUGAGCUUCUGGAUUGCGGCAAUGACAAAUUUGGGGGCUUUUAUUUUUAUUUUUAAUGGGAGCCAGAUCCCUGCUGGAGCUUGCUGGGAAACCAGGAUGAGUGGGAGAAUUUCAGGCUGCGCUCAGGUUGAGGAUUCCAGGGCUGAGCCCUGGCUGGAGGCUUCGGGAACCAGUUUGGAGCUGGAUGUGUGGAACGAGGAGCUGCUGAACAGCUCCAGGGUCCUUGGGGUUUUUUUUUCCAAGGGGGACUUGCCCAUGUGUGUUUGCAAAUAAAUCAGGGAUGAAAUCGGGGAUUAAAGUGUCGUGCAAAGACGCUCCAGCUGAGGAAAACACCCUGGGUUUGUUCUCCAGGGCUAAAACUCAUGGCUGCAGCCUCCAAGGAGGGCGGGGAGGAGGGAUUUGAGGUGCCCGAGGCUUGGGAUGUGUGGAUGCUCCCAAGAGGAGCUGCUGGAUGUGGUGUCAGAUGGAUUGGGACAGUGCAGGGUGCCCAGGGAUGACCAGAGGCUGUUCAGUGGAGGUAAUGCUCAGGAGAUGCA